GAUAUUCCUAGUCAGAUCCGUCCCACCUUGAUUAAGUGCAACGUCUAAAGUAACUAUAUAUUUUCGGAAAUUGUUGAGAAAUUGCGCGUGAAAAGAUAACUAUGUUGUCUGUACGUGCAUUACUCCUUCUGGGAUGUGUGCUUGUAGUUAAAGCCGGAGAUUCAAGGGACCGCGGAUCUUGUUCUUACCAGGGUGUGAGACUACGAAACGGAGAGGUAGUGACAGCAGAAUGUGAAUCGUGCAAUUGUAACAACGGCUUCUUGGAUUGCUCAAGCACCUGUGGUGGAGGACAAGCUGGCGGAAAUGGAAACAAUGGAGUUGCCGGCGGUCAAGGAAAUAAUGGAGGCGGCGGCGGUGGUGGCGGCGGCGGAGGAGGAGGAGGAGGCGGCAGCGGCGGUGGCGGUAGCGGCUGGGCAAUGUCACAAGGGGGUCAGGGUGCUAGCGGUCAGGCAGGAAGCGCAGGAAGUGCCGGCGGUGCCGGUUGGGGCGUCGGCUCCGGCGGCGGUGGCGGUGGCGGCGGAGGAGGAGGCGGCGGAGGUGGUGGUGGUGCUUGGUCUCAAGGGGGUCAGGGUGUUGGCGGUGGAUCUGGUGGGGCAGGAGGUUUAGGCGGUGCCGGCGGUGCUGGAGGGGUUGGUUGGGGAAUAACUUCCGGCGGUGGAGGUGGAGGCGGCGGCGGCGGCGGCGGUGGAGGUGGAGGAGGAGGGGGUGCUGGUGUAUGGUUUCAAGGUGGUCAAGGCGUCGGCGGUGGAACAGGGGGAGCCGGUGGAUCCGGUGGUGUAGGAGGCACUGGCGGGACCGGUUGGGGUUUGACCUCUGGCGGCGGCGGUGGAGGCGGCGGCGGUGGUGGUGGAGGGGGUGGGGGUGCAGGGGCAGGUUGGGGUUUAAGCUCUGGUGGAGGCGGCGGGGGCGGCGGAGGUGGCGGAGGAGGUGGAGGAAGUGGUGCCGGUUUAUGGUCUCAAGGGGGUCAGGGAGGAUCUGGUGGGGCCGGCGGGACCGGCGGUGCCGGCGGUAGUGUCGGCUUUAGUUUAAUGUCUGGAGGUGGGGCCGGUGGACAGGGCGGUGCCGGUGGACAGGGCGGAGCCGGUGGACAGGGUGGUGCCGGUGGACAGGGUGGUGCCGGUGGAGCAGGCGGACAAGGUUGUUUCUAUAAGAAUAUGAUGAGACAAGACGGUCAACAAUUCAUGGAUGGUUGCGACACAUGUAUCUGUACAAAUGGCAUUGUAGUCAUCAUCAUUCCAUGUCCUCCAAAAGACUGUGUUUACAAUGGUGUAACAUAUCCAAAUGGCGCUACAUGGCAAAUUGAUGAAUGCAAUACAUGUUCAUGCAGUGACGGAGGAGUAACAUGUACAAAUAACGUUUGCAAGCCAAAAGAUUGUGUUUACAAUGGACAAAUGUACUCACACGGUGCCACAUGGCCAGUGGGUGACUGUAACACGUGUACAUGCAAUGAUGGUGCUGUGACGUGUACAAAUGAUCCUUGCCCGCCUAAAGAUUGUGUUUACCAAGGUCAAAUGUACCCGCACGGUGCCACCUGGCCAGUGGGUGACUGCAAUACCUGUUCUUGCAAUGAUGGAGUUGUGACAUGUACAAAUGAUGUUUGUCCACCAAAAAGUUGUGUAUACAAUGGUAAGACGUAUUCUCAUGGUACAACAUGGUCUAUUGAUGAAUGCAAUACCUGCUCAUGUAACGAUGGUACAGUAACAUGUACAAAUGAUGUCUGCCCCAAGAAACCAUGUUUCUACAAGGGUGGUUGGAAACAGAGCGGUGAAAUGUGGCAAGAUGAAUGCAACAAUUGUACUUGUUAUGACGGUCAAGUUAGCUGUACACAACUUGUGUGUCCAAAACCAUGUUUUUACAACGGCAAAGUGAGACAAGACUGUGAGACUUGGCAAGAAGAUUGUAAUACAUGCACGUGUAAAGAUGGUCAAGUGACGUGCACAGACAUGCAAUGUCCAAAACCAUGCUAUUACAAAGGACAAUGGUAUCAGGACGGUCAGUCAUUCAAGGACGAAUGUAACACAUGCACGUGUAACAGUGGCAAUGUACAGUGUACUAAUAAAGAUUGUAAAUGUUAUAACGUAUAUUGUCCUCCGUUGUACUGUACCAACUCAUACGUGCCAUACGGUGAAUGUUGUCCAGUUUGUAAACCAGAACCUAAACCUCAACCCAAACCACAACCAAAGCCAAAAUGUCAACAAUCUAGCUGUAGGAAGCGUUCAUGUGGCGGAAGUUACACACCUCCAGGAAUGUGCUGCAGCGUUUGUCCACAAGGAAGCAGAUACUACUAAACAAGUUCCCCAAUGUCUCAAUAAUGAUCGCAAGUUGUCACCGGAGCUUACAGAUUAUUCUCACAUAAAUAUUGACAUUAUUUUCUGACAUUCAGUAUAACAUUCACAAUAAAGAAUGUGCAAAUGCAAAUACGUGUUCAUGUUACUUUAUACCAGCUCUUAAACAUUCUAUUCAUUAGCGUGUGCAUUUGUAUAGCUGAAAUUCAUGUAAUUUUGUUUAUAUAGCUUCGUGUUCGCAGUUACUUAUACACUCUUGUCUGCUGUGAAUUUGUGAUAAAGGUUAAAUUGCCAAUAAAGGGACAGCAUUUAAAUUUA